AUGGCAGAUGAUUCGAGUAUGAGAUACUCCCGGGAUGAAGAAUUCAGAGAUCGAGAUGACAUCCCACUGAAAGAGACUGGAACAGAGGACUGUGACGUUGACAAGCAAAGUUAUCCACCAGGCUCAAAGCUGGCGCCGAUUCUGAUAGGACUUUGCUUUCAAUCGUUUUGUAUCGCUCUGGAUAACACCAUUCUAUCAACGGCCGUUCCUAAGAUUACAGAGCAGUUCAACUCACUCGGCGACCUGUCGUGUGACACCCUCAUCCAAAGGACUCAUCUUAGGACGAGCAAUUGCCGGAAUUGGAUCGGGGGGUUGUCGCCAGGUGCUCUCCUAGUACUCGCGAACAGCGUCCCCCUUAACAGACGUGCACUGUAUUUCGGGAUUAUCGGUAGCAUAAGUGGCAUUGCGACGAUCACAGGACCCCUUUGGAGAUGGUGCUUCUGGAUCAACCUCCCUUUCGGUGUCAUUACCGGGCUGGUUAUUGUGCUAUUUUUCAAAGACCCAACGACGCCAAAACCGAAACUAAGUCGCCUCGCACAAAUCAAACGGAUGGAUCCUUUCGGGAUCCUGGUAUUUAUUCCUGCCAUUGUCUCUCUUUUGCUGUGUUUGCAAUGGGGCGGCACUCGAUACAACUGGGACAACGCUCGAAUCAUUGCUCUGUUUGUUCUUUUUGGCAUAUUUAGUUGUGCGUGGUGUGGCAUACAGCUUUGGAAGCAAGAUGAGGCCACCGUACCACCUCGCCUGCUUAAGAAUCGCAACGUUCUCGGGGCAGUUAUUCACGCUACAUUCCUAGGUGGCUCCUUUUUUGUCUUUGGAUACUACCUUCCGAUCUGGUUUCAAGCAGUCAAGGAGACCUCCGCUGCUCAAUCUGGGAUCAAUAAUCUUCCCAUGGUCGUGUCUAUGAUUGUUUGCUCUGCCCUUGGUGGGCUUCUUGUCAAUCUCGUUGGUUACUACACACCAUUGAUGUUCAUCGGAAGUGCAUUUCUCACAAUUGGCUCUGGGCUGUGCACAUCUCUCGAUGUGAACAGUGGGUAUCCACAAUGGAUUGGAUAUCAAGUGAUUCUAGGGAUCGGGGCAGGACUCGGCUUUCAGCAAUGCAUCAACGCACUGCAGACUGUGCUUCCAUUACAAGAUAUACCAGUCGGGAUCGCGAUCAUCACCUUUGCACAGAGCCUGAGUGGUGCAAUGUUUAUCUCGAUUGCCCAAACAGUGUUCGAGAAUCGACUUGUGGCCAGCAUUGCCGCUAAUGCACCCAAGGUCAACCCCGAGGCGUUGACAAAAGCCGGGGCCACGAAUUUGUCGCUGCGCGUAUCCAAAGAGAUACUCCCAUCUGUACUCAAAGCUUACAAUAUUGCGGUUACCCAGACAUUUUACGUGUCCGUGGCUGCAGCCAUACUUUCUUUCAUUGGAGCUGGGCUUGUGCAAUGGAAAUCCAUGAGAAGGCCACAAAAGAUCGAUGGCACAGAUUGA